CAACCUCAGAAUAUUAAGCGCCCUCUAGCGGGGAAGUUCUCUAACAGCAGCAGCCAUGUGGAGAGACUUCUGGGAUGCUGGAGGAUUAUGAGGCGGGGAUUCCAGUGACCCAGGUAUUGGUCCAGUGUUUCGAGGGUCGUCUUACCCGCCGUUAUCUCUUCACUAUAAUAACACAUCAGCUUUAACUGGCAUUUAGCCUUGAGUGACUUCUUGAAUCUGAUCAUCCGCUCGAGUAUUUAUUGCCUCCCCCAACGCUGCAGACUGCAGUGGCGAGACUCUCGUGACGGAAGUGAGCCAUUAGAGUAGCUUUUAUCCUUUCUGUGGUUAUUGUCAGUGCUUAUUUUCUCAUAACGUGACACACGAUGGGAAUUCGGACGGGGAUCGCCUUGAUUUUUCUCGCAGCUUUUGCAUUUGUUGCAGCUGAGGACGGAGAAAGCAAAGAAAGCGUGAUCGAACAGUUGGUUGUGGAGACAUUGGUGAUGCCGGAGACAUGCACGAUUACAUCCGAGAUGGGAGACACACUUCAAAUCCAUUACACGGGCCGAUUAAUGGACGGGAAGGUGAUUGACACUUCUCUGUCUCGUGAACCUCUGGUCGUAGAGUUGGGCAAGAGGUCUGUCAUCACAGGUCUAGAGCAAGCCCUGGUCGGAGUGUGUGAAGGGCAAAAAAUCAAGGCCACGAUUCCAGCUCAUCUAGCGUAUGGAAAGAGAGGAUACCCUCCAACCAUUCCAGGGGACAGCACACUUGAGUUUGAGGUGGAGGUGAUCUCUCUGUCCCAGCAAACGCCCUGGCAGAAGCUAGUUAACGAUGUCUUGCCUCUUUUGUGCUUGGCACUGGUUCCCACUUUACUGGGCUUAGUGGGUCUCUACCUCUACAACAAAGCACACGCUCAACCUCAGGGCAAGAAGAAGAACAAAGACAAGAAAAGCAAGAAGAAGUGAGAUCAAAGCCAAAAAAAAGAAUAAACUAUUUAAAUAAAAAAAA